AUGUUGGUGCCAGACAAGUCACAGUUUCUUAAUUUAGAGUCUUAUGUUGCUCGACUAUGCAGAUAUUUUUCUGCCCUUCCUCCAAUGGGCCCUCGACACCAAAAUCCUCCUUCUAAUGUGCCAUCAGAUCUUGAUUCUUGGACGCAUGUUUUUGUUCGUGAUGAUUCUGUCAAAGGACCUCUUGUUUCACCUUAUAAAGGACCUUUUCGUGUGAUUUCCCGAACGCCGAAAGUGUUAAAACUUGACAUUAACGGUCGUUCGGAGACCGUCUCCGUAGACCGUCUAAAAAGGGCAUAUUUUGAGGUGUCCACAUCUUUUGAUGACCCCACUUCCACAACCAUCGUUGAACCUUCACAUGCACCUUUGAGAACACCACCAUUCACACAUGCACCUUUGACAACACCACCAUUUACACAUGCAACUUUAUCAACACCAACAUCGUCGUCGCAGCCCGCAUCGAACAAACCUUAUGUUAUGAGGUCAGGCAGAACUGUUCACUGGCCAAAGAAACUUUCAAAGACGAUUUAUAUUUAA